CGGAGAGCGAGAGAGACACGUUUUGCUUUGGCAAAGGGGCAGCAGAAUCAGAGUUUGGCAAUGGCGAAACCGCUGGGACCGACGGGAGAGUUCUUCAGGAGGAGGGACGAGUGGCGGAAGCACCCGAUGCUCAGCAAUCAGCUCCGCCACGCCACUCCUGGCCUCGGCAUCGCUCUCGUCGCUUUUGGCAUCUACCUCGUCGGCGAGCAAGUCUACGAUAAGCUCUACAAGCCCCAUCCUCCCACCUCUUCCUCCUCUCACUGAGCAAUUACUCCCCGCCCCGACAGAUGAGGGUUAAUUUGGAGGAUGAAAAGCUUGGUUUUCAGAAUAUGUGAUAUCUUCUUCCUGGUUUUCUGUCAAAUAAAAGCUCGGGUAAACGAGAAACUCAAGGGCCUUUCUUUUUUCUCAGUGACGUAUUGGUAGAAUCUGUGACAAUGAAGUUAUUUUGUAGCUGUGGCUUAUUUGUAAACGUUUCACAGUUCUCGAUCAAUUACCUUCUGAAUUUUGCAUCUGA